AUGAGCAGCCACCUGCAGCAGAAGCACGAAGCAUUUUUUCGUCUACAGGAGCCACGCAGUGACCUCUGUGUGCGCGUGAUCCAAGACACUAACAAAGUAGACGGUCUGGGCGGUGAAGUGUGGGCUGGCGCGCUUGUACUUUGCGAAUUUAUUGACACACACGAUCACGAUGUAGUAAUAGGACGCGAUGUGAUCGAACUGGGUGCAGGCUGCGGCCUCUGCGGCCUCGUGGCUGCGUCACUGGGCGCCAACAAAGUCGUUUUAACCGACGAGUAUCCCGACCUGCUGGAGACAAACAUUGCCAAGAACCGACACCUUUGGGCUGGAGACAAAGCUCGGGGUGCGCGACCACCAACUGUGUCGAGCGGAGAGCUCGAGUGGGGUCUGACCGAGUCAAUGACGCCGUUUGUACACGCGUUCGACACCAUGUUGGGAAGUGAGAUCACGCAGCUGGGCCGAGAUCUCCACGUGCCACUACUUGAAACAAUCCGCUGCGUUCUCCGACCCAAAGCCAAGUCUAUGGCGCUCCUCUCGAUGGAUCUGUGUCGAGCUGCUUGUGCAGGAACGUGCGACCCGAAGAAGUGUCCAGCUUCGCACUUUGUGGCUGCAGCAAAGCAGCAAGGAUUCACGGUCCAUAAGCACACCUCGGUGCGUUUGGCGUCUCGCGAGGUUGUAGGCACGUUAGUGGGUGCAUUGGGUCGGCCUUUGCACGUCCACGAGGACGACUAUAGUGUUGUAUUUGAGCUGCGACUUGCACGUGCAGAUCAAUAA